CGCGGAAAUACGGUUGGCUGCGUUUCUCCCCGAUGUCCGUUUAAUUACUAUUUUUGUACCGCUAGUAAGACGACUGUAUAGAAAUUUUACGUAGCUUGCAGUUAUCCCGAGAUAAGAUUUUAUUUCAAAUUGGAAUGAAGGCUUUGAAGUAGAAGUUCUUGGAGAAGAUUGUCUUCCAAGGGAAAUAUAAUUGUCCAAUAUCAACUCAUAUCGCUUGUCAUCAUCAUCAAGUUUCCUAUCCAACCUACUCUAUCUGUGGUUAUGGACUGUACUACUGAUAAAUCUCCACUAACUGAUUCUGAGGGGAAUCAGAAUAAUUCCCACAUUCCAUCGAUUACAGUUGUUCGACCAAAACAACCAAGACGAUAUAAACUUUUACCAAAAGAUAAACUGCGUUUCCCUAAAAGUGACACGUCAAAUCAAUUUUGGCGAAAGUAUGAUUAUACAAAACAUAUGCCGCUGAUCACUGUGGAUUGUGAUGAUGAAGAAAGUGAAGAAUUUGACGGUGCACUUUUUCAAAAAGUCUCCAAUAAUGGUUUACAUGAUGUUUUAAAACGUGAUCGAACUAAUCGUAAUGGUUUGUCAGCUGCAGCAGGGAAUCCUGGUGACGAGUGGGAUGAUGAUUGGAAUUUAAACCUUUCUACGCCUAGUCAGCGUAGAAGACUAUUUUGUUGUCCUCUGGACUGUACACUAUCAUAGGAAGAUGAUAUUUUCUUCAAGAGUCAUCGAUCGUAGGCUACAUACACAAUUCCGUACAAAUCAGGCGGAACGAGGCAGGAAGUGAUAAUAUAAAUUUUUAUUCGGUGAUUCACAGUACCUACUUAUUAUUAUUAUUAUUAUUAUUAUUAUUAU